GUGUAUUUAUUUUAUUUAAGAAUGAAAAUGAAUUAAAUUUUGCGAAGUAGAUGUUUGCAAGUCAAAAAUAGAAUGUAGCUGAGGGAUUUCUAUUUAAUGGCGCCAGAGAGAGAGCGUUUUUAAAAGUAUCUGCGAGCAUUAAAUGAAAAUAUUUGCCUCUUGAUGCGCAGAAUUAUCUAAAUUACAUCACCUAUUAUCACGAACAUAUUGAAUCCCUAUUCCUGAUAGGAUGUUGCACACAACCUGGAUAAAGCGUUCAUAGAUACAUACAUAUGUACAUGUAUUUUGAGAGCGUCGUAAUAUAGACGCCAGAACCUGUUAGCUUAAAUGCUAUUUCAUCCUGAUCAAGUCGCUCUUUAGCCACGCAUAAAGACGCGUCAAUAAGUCCUUGGGGAUAACAAGGGAAGUGCUUUUUAAAUGAUUUUAUGUAAUUGACUUGUUUUUUUCUUUUCACAAUGAUCUGGCUUUCGUUAAGCACAGUCCUUUACGAAGUGAACGAAUACGAGUAUGAAGAAGAUUACGAAUAUAAUUUUAGUGAAUCUCAUUCUACAUUCUACUGGGAAGAACUUUUGCCUACUGUUCUAGUUUAUGGCGUUACCUUACUUCUAGGAUUAACUGGGAAUUCUUUAAUAGUGUUUACCACUUACAGAUACAGAAGGAUGCAAAGUUCUACAAACGUUUUACUAGCAAGCUUAGCUUCGGCUGAUCUACUUCUCAUCAUCUUCUGCAUACCUGUGAAGGUUGCCAAACUUUUUUCGUACACAUGGGCCAUGGGGGCCUUCCUUUGUAAAACUGUACAUUACAUGCAGAAUGUUUCUACAAUAUGUUCGGUCUUGACAUUAACCGCAAUUAGCAUUGAAAGGUAUUACGCUAUAGUGCAUCCCAUGAAGGCUAAAUAUAUUUGCACUAUCAGUCAAGCUAAGAAAAUUAUUAUACUUACGUGGAUGGUAUCGUUUUUGUUAGGCUUACCUAUACUUUUUGUUCAGAUUCAAAUGCCAGUAGGUGAUAAGAACAAAGCGUACUGGUGCGUUCGAAAUUGGGACAACAUUUCUCUUUGGAGAUUUAACGAAAUAUAUAUAUUAUUAUUGGUUUUUAUUUGUCCAUCAAUAAUUAUGAGUUUUGCGUAUUCCUUUAUAUGCUGGGAAGUAUGGAGAGUCAUGGAGAGACGAUCUAUUAUGACCAGCAGAGAUGCACUGUCUUCAAAACAUUCGACUCACUGUAAGCAACUAGAAAGUUUUCAUUUGACAGAAUCUUCGAAAAGAUCUGAGUACAAAAUUAGAGCUUAUAGAGACGAUACGCGUAUGGUAAAACAAGUGAUUUAUAUGUUAGUGACUGUUGUGGUGUUAUUUAUUGUAUGCUGGGGACCAGUAUUAAUUGAUAACGUUUUAACUGCUUAUGGACAACUGCCCAUACAACGGACAGGAAAUUUGAAAUAUAUGGCCACAGCGUUUCAUCUAAUGGCGUACUUUAAUAGUUGCAUAAAUCCUAUAAUCUACGGUUUUAUGUCAAAAAAUUUCAGAGAAAGCUUCCAAUUAGCUUUGUGUUGUAAACUAGAGCCUCGAUCAACAAAAAUACGUAGCAGUAGAAUGGUUAGCAGUUUCCAUAGGAUCUCUAGGUCUGGUUCUCAAACAAGGACAACGUCCCUUAGAUAAUAAUUUUUAAAACAAAUUAAACGAAAUGUCUUUGACCUCGUUUACUAUAUUACUACAAAUUUUAAACUGAGAGCCUUUUCAGUAUUACUUAUAAGUAUUUAUUUGAAUAAAAAAUU